AUGAUACCUUGCUUUCUCGGACAUCUACUCUCGGGCCUCUGGAACGCGUUGAAGAUGUUCUUUGUCCCCUGCACCUCGAAUGUUUUCUCGAAUCACUCGGAUUGCGACUCUGCCUCCCAGCCAAGCGACCCUCCGAUCCUGGAAGGUCGUCUCUUUAGCCCGCAGCCUGUCGCUCCUGUGGGAUGCCUCUUCCGCCGACUGCUCACCUUGAGGCAUACCCCUGUUCCGGCCUUUGUCGACGACCUGGAAGCGCAAAUGUCUAGCGAAGAGAGCAGUUUGGAGUUUACCCCCAUCGAGUCAAUCACCUCGCUGGAUUACCGGGACAGUGUCUCCGGACUGGACCCAGACGCUUUGAAUGGCUUAGACGUUGAUUCCUCGCAGCCGCAGCUCUCUGGCCGUAUCAAUGUUUCCCCGGCACCCAGUGACUCUGGUGUCAUCUUGUCCGACGACUCUGAUCCAAUGCCUUCAGCUUCUUCGGAAGGUUCUGAGACCCACUACUACGACUUUUCCGACGAACAUCGUGAAAGCGACAUUUCUACCCCCAAUUCAAACAAUAGCGACGUUGGCGACGAUAUAUCCUGUUCCGGGCCAGGCGAACCAAUGGCCGCCCCCACACCCAUCUCUACGUAUGUUCCCCCGCGUAAUCGCCGGAUCCUCCAGGAUUUCACCAAGUUCGAAAACGAGGAAGCAGGGGACAUCACCAGAGCCCGUUCAUUGAGCCCGCCCCCUUUGCACCAUAGAGGCGUGGAGAAGAGCGACCUCCUGAACGAAUGGGAUGUGCCCACAAUGCGUCUCCUUGCAGCAUGUGUCGAGAUUCUGUGA